AUGGGCUUAUUUAACAAUUUGAAUCAUGGUAUGCCAUUACGUGGUAUUCACCAUAGGCCUUCCAUCCUGAUUGUGUUUACCAUUUGCUUUUUGCUACUGCUCCAGUCCCAGUCCAGCGUAUUUGCAAUUCAUGUUGUAGAGGGAGAUGGGGUGGGUGGGCCUGAUGGAGCCUAUUGCGUGAAGUAUGGUAAUCAUCUCGUAGAAUCUCGUAUCACAUUCCACACCGCUAGUGGGGUUCUUGAUUUUUACUUGUUUGAGUUUGGAGAGGUAACUAACUGCCCGGCUGUAGCGUAUACGUAUGAUCCUGUAAAUCGCGUUGUGGACGUACCCGAUGUACGGAACGGAACCACCUGCAUGGGGAAGCAAGCGGAAAGGAACCAUGCAAAAGUUAAGGUGGUUUUUGUCCCCGAAAAGGAUGCCUUGAAUGUUAAGGUGAACGGACUUGAAACGGUCAUGAAUAAGUGUGCAUAG